UGCGGCGUGUCGCGAACGCCUCUAUUCCGCCUUUUUUUACGACAGGAGCCGCGCACUUGGCGGCCUGCCGGGGCCUAGUGCGGCAUUAACAGGCGCUGCUCGAGUCCCCGCGCCCGCCGCCGCCAUCAUCAUGGAGAUGCCGCCCCCUCCGCUGCCGCCCCCUCCAGAAGACCAGGAGCUCCGCAAUGUCAUUGACAAGCUGGCUCAGUUUGUGGCACGGAAUGGCCCUGAGUUUGAGAAGAUGACCAUGGAGAAGCAGAAGGAGAACCCCAAGUUCUCGUUCCUCUUUGGGGGUGACUUCUACGGCUACUACAAGUACAAGCUGGCCCUGGAGCAGCAGCAGUUGUUGUGCAAACAGAGCCAAGACAUUGAAGCCGCCCCACAGAUCCAGCCUCUGCCCCAGCCAGCCUUGGCCCCUGCUGCUCCUAUCGCUACUCCUCAGGGGACCCCCUCCAUGGAGGAGCUGAUCCAGCAGAGCCUGUGGAACCUCCAGCAGCAGGAGCAGCACCUCAUGGCUCUAAGACAGGAGCAAAUUACUUCUGCCAUCGCUCUGGCCGUUGAGCAGCAGAUGCAGAAGGCCUUGGAGGAGACCCAGCUGGACAUGAAUGAGUUUGAUAACUUGCUGCAGCCGAUCAUUGACACCUGCACCAAAGACGCCAUUUCGGCCGGCAAGAACUGGAUGUUCAGCAAUGCCAAGUCCCCCCAGCAUUGCGAGCUGAUGGCCGGGCACCUGCGCAACCGCAUCACGGCGGAGGGGGCCCACUUUGAGCUUUGCCUCCAUUUGAUCUACCUGAUCAACGACGUCCUCCACCACUGCCAGCGGAAGCAGCAGCGGGACCUGCUGGCUGCUCUGCAGAAGGUGGUGGUGCCUAUUUACUGCACCAGCUUCCUGGCGGUGGAGGAGGACAAGCAGCAGAAGAUUGCCCGGCUCCUCCAGCUGUGGGAGAAGAAUGGCUACUUUGACGAGUCAAUCAUCCAGCAGCUGCAGAGCCCGGCGCUGGGGCUGGGCCAGUACCAGGCCACCCUGAUCACGGAAUUUGCCAGCGUGGUGCAGCCGGUCCAGGUUGCUUUCCAGCAGCAGAUCCAGACCCUGAAGACGCAGCACGAGGAAUUUGUCAACAGCCUCACGCAGCAGCAGCAACAGCAGCAGCAGCAGCAACAGCAACAACAGCAGCAGCAGCAACAGCAGCAGCAGCAGCCGCCGCCGCCAUUGCAAAUCCCAGCCCCAGAGAGUGACGUGAAGCCGGCCCCUGCUCUGGCGCCCACCGCUCCUGCUCCAGCCGCUCCUGUUGCGCCCGCAGAUGAGGGGAAGGCUCAGCUGCCGCUCGCGGGUGCCACAGAAUAUGAGGCCACGGGGACGGCCCCCCCCGACCCUGCAGUGCCUGGACCUCGGGGGCCUGCCCCCCACGACCACAUUCCUCCAAAUAAGCCCCCCUGGUUCGACCAGCCACACCCGGUUGCCGCCUGGGGCCAACAGCAGCCUCCAGAUCAGCCUCCGUUCCCGCAGCACCACCAGGGCCCUCCCCACUGCCCCCCCUGGAACAGCAACCACGAAGGGAUGUGGAGCGACCAGCGGGAGCCCGGCUGGACCAGCCAGCGUGAAGCCCCCUGGAGCAGCCAGCCAGACCCCUCCUGGAACAACCAGUUUGAGGCCCCCUGGAACAACCAGCAUGAGCAGCCGCUGUGGGGCGGGGGCCAGAGAGAGCCCCCCUUCCGCAUGCAGCGGCCCCCUCACUUCAGGGGGCCCUUCCCCCCGCAUCAGCAGCACCCCCAAUUCAACCAGCCUCCACACCCCCACAACUUCAACCGCUUCCCACCUCGCUUCAUGCAGGACGACUUCCCUCCGCGCCACCCCUUUGAGCGGCCUCCCUAUCCACACCGCUUUGACUACCCGCAGGGGGAUUUCCCCCAGGAGAUUGGCCCCCCUCACCACCACCCCCCUGGGCACCGCAUGCCGCACCCCGGACUCAGUGAGCACCCUCCGUGGGGAGGGCCGCAGCACCCUGACUUUGGGCCUCCUCCCCCCCACGGAUUUAACGGGCAGCCGCCUCACAUGCGCAGACAGGGCCCCCCCCAUGUCAACCACGAUGACCCCAGCCUGGUGCCAAACGUCCCGUAUUUUGAUCUCCCUGCCGGCCUUAUGGCCCCUCUUGUCAAACUGGAAGACCACGAGUACAAGCCUUUGGAUCCGAAGGACAUCCGCUUGCCGCCCCCGAUGCCUCCGAGUGAGAGGCUGCUGGCUGCGGUGGAGGCCUUCUACAGCCCGCCCUCCCACGACCGGCCAAGGAACAGCGAGGGCUGGGAGCAGAACGGCCUGUACGAGUUCUUCAGAGCGAAGAUGAGAGCCCGGCGGCGCAAAGGGCAGGAGAAGCGGAACAGUGGCCCUUCGCAGUCCCGCAGCCGGUCCAAGAGCCGAGGGCGUUCCUCCUCCCGCUCCAAUUCAAGGUCUUCAAAGUCUUCCGGUUCCUACUCCAGGUCCCGCUCCCGAUCUUGCUCUCGGUCACGAUCCUACUCCCGAUCUCCGUCCAGGAGCAGAAGCCGGUCUCGCUCAUCGCGCAGCCGGUCCCGGUCCAGAUCCCGGUCGAAGUCCUAUUCCCCUGGAAGGCGGCACCGGUCACGAUCCCGCAGCCAAACUCCUCCUGCUGCGGCAGGAUUGGGCUCCAGCUCUGGGCCCCCAAUACCCGAAUCCAGACUUGGAGAGGAGAACAAAGGGCACCAGAUGCUCGUCAAGAUGGGAUGGAGUGGCUCUGGGGGCUUGGGGGCCAAGGAGCAAGGGAUCCAGGACCCCAUUAAAGGAGGGGACAUCCGAGACAAGUGGGAUCAGUACAAGGGCGUGGGAGUGGCCCUGGACGACCCCUACGAGAACUACCGGAGGAAUAAAAGCUAUUCCUUUAUUGCGCGCAUGAAGGCCAGAGAUGAAAGUUAACUCUGCUCAGAGUGGAGGCAGCCAGCCAGCCGGUCGGCUGCUGAGCAGAGGUCUGAGUGACUCAAAGCGCUCUGCUGUGCAGCCUCAGUCUCCUUCCCACAAGCCACCCCUUCUGUUCACAACUCCAUCCGGAACGCAAAAUGCGCAAUCCACUCUCGACAAUUGCUUCUAGGAGGAAUUCAGAUGCUUUGUAACAAGACAAAUUCUUUAGGCCUUUUAUAUUUUUGUAAAUAUCCUUCAAAUAAGAUUUAGAAGGCACGUGGCAGGCUGACACUUCAGUAACGUCACCUCCUCAUCCUUCCUUACCCACCGAUUUCUAAAUGUGAAGCAUUCUUUGCGUAGCCAAGAGGGGUGGCCAGAGACCACCACUCCCAGUGCCCAGAGGCCAGCCCUGAACAGCCCAAGCGGGAUCCUCUUUGAUAUGGUGAUGUAGUAAACUGUCCUAGAUUGACUUUAACUGUAGCUGUGACAUGAUUAGACAUCUGUAAAUUGGCCUAGCCGGCUCAGCUGUCCAUCUUGUACUUACUGUUGCCUUCCAAUAAACAAAAGACUUUUUUUUCUA